AUGUUGAUCGAGCCCCUCCGAACUGGCUCCAAUGCCAUUCGAAGGGUCACGCAGUGGCCGUGGCUAGGUCAAGUGAGAGGUUUGAAUCGCGCCUGCGGUUUGGUGGGCUAUCCUAAUGUGGGGAAGUCCUCGCUCUUCAAUGCCUUCGCAGGCUCUACCCUGGCAGCGGCGGAGAACUUUCCCUUCUGCACGGUGGAGCCCAAUGUGGUGAAGGUGGGUGUGCCCGACGAUCGCUUGGCACGCUUGGCGGAGCUUUGUUCCUCGCAAAGAACUGUCCCCGGGCAGCUGGAAAUCCGUGAUAUCGCUGGACUCAUCAAGGGCGCCAGCAGCGGUGCCGGCAUGGGGAAUGCCUUCCUGAGCCAGAUCCGGGGGGUGAACGUCGUCUUCCACGUGGUUCGCUGCUUCAGCGAUCAGAAGAUUGUUCAUGUCGAGGAUCCCGUGAACAUCGAUCCGGUCAAGGAGUACGAAUCCAUCCUGGAGGAGCUGAUCAUCGCCGACUUAGAGUAUGCCUCCAAGCGUUUACCCGCGCUGCGGAAGAAGGCAACCACGAGCUCGGAGGUGGCCAAGAUGCUGCCGAGCUACGAGGCGGUCUUGCAACGCCUCGAGGCUGGUGCUGCUGCACGUCACGCACUGCCGGAGGAGGUGCCCUCCUCCGAUGAGUUCUUCACUCAAUUGAUCACUGCCAAACCGGUGGUGGUGCUCGCCAACGUGGCGGCCGAGGACGCAGCCAAUGGCAAUGAGUUCUCAGUCCGCCUCGCCGAACGGGUGUCUGCGGAGGCCACUAGCCAGACACGGUUUAUGGUGGUUUCGGCGCAGCUGGAGGCAGAGGUGAGUGCCUUGGACGAUGAGGAGUUUCGGACUGAAUAUCUGGAAUCCUACGGCUUGGAUUGCAAGGGCCCGCGUGCGCUCACCCGAGUCCUGGCGGAGAGUCAAGGCUUGCUGAAGCUGGUGUCAUACUUGACAGUGGGAGAGCAGGAGGCACGAGCUUGGUUCGUACCCAAGGGCUCCAAAGCGCAUGAGGCUGCAGGUGCCAUACACUCAGACUUCACGAAGAACUUCGAGCAAGCGGAAGUCUGGACCUAUGAAGACCUCGUGAAGCAUGGCAGCAAAGCCGCGUGUCGCAAGGCGGGUGCUGUGAAGCAGAAAGGAAAGGACUACGAGGUCCAAGACGGCGACGUCUUGGAGUUCCGCGUGAAGAACGUGGAGCUUCAGAGUGUGGACACGGCCCCUGGGCGAACGAUGCGGAAGGCCGUUCCUAGCAGCAGCGAAGAUCUCGAGGCUGGAACUGGAAAGGCGAUCACCAAGGGCGUUGCCACUGGGGCGGCCAGAAGCCUCAUGCGGUCUCUUCCGCUGCAAGCGCCCAGCUGGCUCCGCAGUGCGGACGAACCGCUGAAAUUGGUCUUGCGGACCUUAGUGACGGUGCCCCGACUUUCACCCCGAGGGAACUUAGUGACACGUUCAUCUGAGACGGGGGAAGUGCUUCUGCGAGGCAUCGCCAGCACGCGCCCGAAGGGCGGAACCGGAUUCCGUUUGAAUUGGACACUGCUGGGCUGGAGGUUGAUCAUUGCAUUUUUGACAUUAGUUGGACUUGCAUUUACUCCAGUUGUCUUCAGUGUUCUGAUGGCGGAUGGUGCUGCGAACGGUGGAACAGGUGCCAAUGAUUUGGGCCAGAUUGUGAACAUGUUGCAGGCAAUGGCCAAUGAACAGCAGCAGCAGCGUGCUAGGUUCCCCAGGCUGCACCCGGAGUUCAAGGUUCACCGCAACAUCAGGCUCAUGGGUCGGGUAGCUGGGCUCGGAGGAUUGGGGCCAGGUGUGAAUCCGGCAAUCGCCUAUGCCAUCCAGCAAGGUGGAGUUGAUGCUAAGGUGCUCUCAAAACCAAGCACCUAUGAUCCUGUCAAGAGUCCUGGAUAUGCUGCAUUCAAUGAUUGGAGUGAUCAUGUGAUUACAUGUGUUGAUGCACAGAUUCCAGGGACUUGGGAGUUGCUUGAACACAUCAAGGACACACAACCGGUAGCACAAGUUUCGAUUGAUGAUUUGUCAUUGCAUUUUCCCAACAUUGACAGAGCAACAUUGGAGUAUUCAAAUUCCAAUUUGUAUGCGGUGUUGAUCACAUUUACAGUUGGUGAGGCUCGCAACAUUGUCAGGCAGGCAAGACGGCCAAAUGGGUAUGAGGCUUGGAAGUUGUUGCAACGACGCUUCAAUCCGGUGACCAUUGGUCGGCAGAGAGCGGGCUUGACCACGAUCGCAAAUCCACCCUCGAAUGUUCCUAUUGCACAGUUGGCCGGAGAGAUUGUGUCGUGGGAAACCAAGAUCACGGAGUUUGAAGCAAGGCCGCAUGCAGAGAAGAUCAGUGAGGCGAUCAAGAUGGCCGCAGCAGUCUCCAUGUGCCCCAAUCGGCUGAGAGAACAUCUCCAGUUGAAUGCUCAGAGGUAUACAACAUACAUGGAGCUGCGAGAAGAGGUUUUCACCUACAUUGAACACACCCAGUCAUUGACCGCCACCAGCAUGGACAUUGGUUCAUUGCAGUCGAAGGGCAAAGGAGGUGGUUGCUUUGAGUGUGGAGGACCGCAUCUCAUCAAGGACUGGCUGAAGAGGGCCAAAGGUGGUCAAGGAGCUCAGCAACAGGUUGGUGGCAAUACCAUCAAGAGGUUGUCAGCAUUGAGCAGUCGGCAUGCGAAAAGGGCAAGAGGCUCAGGAGCGGGGUCGAGUGGGGAUGGACAAGGGACAGAGCAGAGCAUUGAUUUGACCUUGUCAUCCAAGACGUAUGCAGUGCUGUCCAAUGUUGACAGUGGAGCAGCAAUGUCAGUUUGCCCUCCGGGAACAUUUCCAGACUACCCGGUGCUGGCUAGAGAUGAUGAAGAAGAGAUAGUUUUGGUUGCAGCGAAUGAAGAGACCGUCGAGCAUUAUGGUGAGGUCAGGCCAAUUGUGAUGACAUCAGAGGGCCACUUGAGAGAGAUGGUGUUUCAGGUGGCAGCAGUUGGCAAGGUGUUGACAUCGGCGGCUCAAAUCUGCAACCGAGGACGUCGGAUCGUCUUGGAGUCGGAGGGUGAGCGCAGUUACAUUGAAGACAAGGAAACGGGUGAUACAUUCAAUUUGUAUCAAGAGGAUGCAGUUUUCAAUUUGUAUCUUCAUGUGAUCCCGUAUGCCGAGACCACGGGCGUAAGGCCCCGCUAUGAGUUGCAUGCAUUGGAUGAGGAGCCACAAGAGUUGAGAGAUUCAGGUUCCCAUCCCGAAUUCGAUGAUGGUGUGAGUGAUCGCAGUGACCUAUACCAAGGCCACACUAGAGUUCCUGAGUUGCCACUUCCGGAUGACUAUGAGCAGUAUGAGCCAAGUGAAGGAGACUUGGACGUGGUGGCAUCUCAUGCAAGAGAAUUAGAGGAUGAGGUCCAGGAGGCUACUUCAAAGAAACUUGCACUCCGUGUUCCUAUUGGACCUACAGAGGAGGAGAAACGUGAGCAUAUGAUCAGCCACAUUCCGUACAGAAGCUGGUGUGCAGAUUGCAUCAGAGGCAAAGGUUUGGCUGAGGCGCAUCGGAAACAGAGACUGGGUCAAGAUGCUAAAGAGCAACGGAGACCUUUGAUAGCAUUAGAUUAUUUUUAUCUUGGCAAGGAUGAAGAGCAGAGUUUGCCCAUUUUGGCCAUGGUAGAAGAACAGACCGGCAGAACAUAUGCCGUUUGCAUGCCAGAGAAGGGUGUACAGCAUCAAUACAAUGUUGCAGCAGUCUCAAAGCUUUUGAAGGUUUCGGGAUGCCUUGGAGGAGUUCUGAAGAGCGACAAUGAGAGGUCGUUGGUUGCUUUGAGAAACGAGUUGCAGCGUUUGUUCCCUUCAUUAUCAUGUGAAGAUGCUACCAAAGGUGAGUCGCAGAGCAAUGGACUCAUUGAGAGUUACAUUGGGAAGAUUGAGGUACAGGAGUUCAUCGAUGUUGGACAAUCAAGUGCAAGUUUGGAGGUGACCGAUGGGAUGGUUCCCUACUCAAACAUGAUCGGACUUCCGUGGCAGCUACGUCCAAAGAAGGACAUGGGAGAAAAGAGUUUGCCAAAAGAGAUCGAGGUUGACUUGCCGGCAUUGGAUUUAGAGGCUGCGGAAGCGACGCAAGAGAAAGAAGUGAAAAGGAAGAAGAGCUACAAGCCCCGAGGCAUUUACAUCCGUCGGGACAUUGAGCUUGAAGAGUAUGGAUACACUCCAGGUUGUGACGGUUGUGAAGCAGCUAAACUUGGAUUGAGUCACAAACAACAUUCUUCAGCUUGCAAACAAAGGAUCAGGGAGGCCAUGUUGCAGACUGAGGAAGGUCGUGACAAAGUGGAGCGCAUGGAGCGUCGAGCAGAGCGUUUCAUGGUGAAGUUCAAGGAGCAGCAGGAUGAGGCAGAAGCUCGAAAGAGGAAACUGUCCAUGGAUGAACCACCAGAGGCGAAAGUUCCAAAGGGGGCUGAGGGUGCACUGGUGGAGGAGGUGUCGGGUCAGGAGGGCAUUCCUGACAUCGAGUUCAUCAAGGAGCCGCCUGGAACAGCAGCUGACUUACUUGAUGAUGGCAUGGGAGAAGAGCGUGGCGUGGAGGAGCAAGCUCAGGUGAUGGACAUCAGUUCACUCCAAUUGUUUUCAUUGAGCAAGCACGGUUUGUGCCAUCCUUGUUUGAGAGAAUCUUCUUGGUUGGAAACACAACAGAUGCUGAGUGAUGAUUUCAUUGAGCAACAACAGAUCAAGUUGCAGUUGGGGAGCUUGAGCUUGUAUGAUGCCUACGGCAUUGAUCAGACAGGUCGGAAACCAGUUGUCGUUGAGGUGUUUUCUCCACCACGGUUGACAGCAUUUGGGCACAAUAAAGGUUUGAUAGCAGGUGUUGCAUUGGACUUGAGGACAUGUGACCAUGAGGGCAUUCCUUGGGACUUCACACAAGCAAGCAGACGACAAGCAGCCCAUUUGUUAGUUGAUGAAUUACAGCCAGAACUUCUAGUGGGUUGUCCGCCGUGUGGACCAUUCAGUAUUUUGCAAGGCUUGAAUCAGAGAUUUGCAGAUACAUGGGACAACGUGCAGAAGCUGGCGGAGGCAAAAGAGCAUCUAGCAUUUUGCUGUGAGCUCUACCGGAAGCAGAUGAGCAGGAAGAAAUACUUCUUGCAUGAACAUCCUUUUCUUGCAACCUCGUGGAAUGAAGACCCGAUGAAACAGCUUGAAGAGCUUGACACAGUUUACAAGGUUCGAGGGGACAUGUGUCAGUUUGGUAUGCAGGCAGAGGAUGAGCAUGGUGUUGGAGCUGUGAAGAAACCAUCCGGCUUCAUGACGAAUUCAGAAUGUAUUGCAGAGCAGUUGAAUGUUCUUUGCAAAAAUGUGAACAAUGAACUCAAGGUUUGGAAGCGAGUUGAUUUCAAUGCAAACAAGUUGCAACUACUGAAGAAAGGUGGACCUGCAUGGAGACAAGUCGUGAGAAGAGUUACAAUGGAUCUCAACACAAAUGAAGUGCUUCAAGAUCUUCAGGAUUUUCAGCAAGCCACUCGUUCACAGUUGCAUCAAAAGUUGUCGGGACAGUCACGUGACAUUGUUACCAUUUUCUACUACAAAGACGACAACAGUCAGUGGCAUCGGCAUGUGCAACUCAUUGGUGGCAAGGCUAAGCAGGCAGAGAUUUAUCCAGAUGGUCUCUUGCAACGUAUCUUGAAAGGGUUGAAGCAACAGAUGCAAAAGAAGUCACCACUUAGUUCUUUGGAGUUUGGACCCGUGAAUGAAGAACCAUAUUUUGAUCAGACGGUGUUGGACGAGGAGGACUGGACAACAUUCAUUGAUGAAGUUUCGGGCAAAGCACUUGAAACAGGCAAGGUGAGGGCAGCUCGUGCAGAAGAGAUUGACUAUGCCACUCGCUAUAAUGUCUGGACAUUGGUUCCAACACAGGAGGCAUGGGAUGUGACUGGGGCUGGACCCAUCGGAUCCCGUUGGAUAGACAUAAAUAAAGGUGACGUUGAACACCCAAACUACCGAAGCAGGUUGGUAAUUCAAGAGGUGAGGCACAGUGGCGUUGAGGCAAUUUUUGCAGCUACACCACCCUUGGAAUCCAUCCGUGUUUUGUUGUCACUUCAACGUUCAGGCAAGCAAGGUUACAAGGUGAUGUUUACAGACAUUAGAAGAGUAUAUUGGAUUGUCAAGAUUGAAAGAACAGUCUAUGUUCGUCUUCCACCAGAAGCUGCAGAAGAAGGCUACUGUGGCCGGUUGAACAAGGCCAUGUAUGGUUGCAGGGAUGCAGCUCGACAAUGGGAGAUUGAGAUCACAGACUUCUUCACAAGUCAAGGCUUUACCCCAGGGUUGGGGAGUCCAGUGUUGUAUUUUCACAGUGUUCGUGACAUCAAGAUUUCAGUUCACGGGGAUGAUAUCACUUCAUUGGGUCGCAAAGAUGAUCUUCUUUGGUUGAAGAAGCAAUUGUUGACAAGAUAUGAGACCAAAGAUGGUGGUAUGUUGGGACCUGAUGAAGGCGACGUGCAAGAUGCGAUGAUCUUGAACCGACUUGUACACUAUGGCCCGCAUGAGACGACAAUUGAGGCCGAUCCUAGACAUGUGCAAAUUUUGGUCAAGGAGUUGAACUUGACUGAAUCUAAGAGCGCCCCUACAGCAGGCGUGAAGAGAUCAGAACAAAAGGAAGAAAUGCUCACACCCGAAGAGAGCAGCAGGUUCAGAAGCUUGACUAUGAGGGGUUGCUAUCUUGCAUUGGAUAGGCCGGAUAUUGCUUUUGCGUGCAAGGAGCUUGCAAGGGCCAUGGCAAAGCCUUGUCGGUCGGAUUGGAAUGGCUUGAAACGGUUGGUGAGAUAUUUGCAUGGUGCUCCUAGAUUGAUUUGGAAGUAUCCCGAGCAGUUGGCACAAGAGCACUUCACUAUGUAUACUGACAGUGACGAUGCUGGUUGUUCAAAGACUAGGAAGUCAACAUCUUGUGGAGCAUUGAUGCACGGUUCACAUCUUCUCAAGUUUUACAGCAGCACACAACAUGUCAUUUCAUUGAGCAGUGGUGAGUCAGAAUUUUAUGCAGGUGUGAAAGCAGGUUCAACAUUGUUGGGAGCGAUGUCGAUGGCUCUUGACUUUGGUGAGACCAAGCGAGGUCGAUUGUGCUUUGAUGCCGCAGCAGCAAAGGCCAUGUUGAGCAGGAAAGGGCAUGGCAGAGCAAAGCAUAUAGAUCGAUCGUUCUUGUGGUUGCAACAACGAGUACAGAACCAGGAACUUGAGUUGAACAAAGUUGGUACUCGUAAGAACAUUGCAGAUCUUGGUACAAAGCAUUUAGACAGACUGCAAGUUGAAGCAUUGUUACAGGAGAUGAACCUUGAGUACGAGUUGAACGAGCAUAGGAUGACCCUCCAUGUGUAA